AUGUUCUUCUUUGUAACUGCUUCGAUGGUCCUACUGGUCAAUGCCCUGACGUCAGAGUCUAUCAACAUUUUGCCAAUCUGUCCCAAAUUGCCGGUGAAAUGCCUGAAUCCGUGUGAGCUUGAUUUUGACGGAGCUGGAUGUCAGAUAUGUAUCUGCCCUGUGGAUUGUAGGGUGAAACCUUGCCCUCCCAAUUUUGAAUGCAAGAACAUGUGUGUUGGUGCUGGUUGUUCGGACUAUCAGUGCGUUCCCAAGUGCAAUCCAGUUGGUUGCGAGAACAAGUGUAACAGUGGGUUCUGGAUAGAUGCCAAUGGUUGUCCAACCUGUAGAUGCAACAACGUUUGCGAGAACGUCCAAUGCAAACCUGACACACAAUGCGUCCCAAGAAACGCAACCAACCCACUGGCCGGCUACGACUGCGUGGCUCCUAUGCAGAAGUUCUGUGAGUUUAUCAAAAAAAUUAUUUCGGAAAGAAUUUUUUACUGA